AUGAUACCGCCUCCAUCUCCGUCGAUGACGGCUCCACUACCACCGCCUACCUACCUGUUGUUGCCUUCUACCACUAGAGAAAAAAAAACACUAACCUUAUUGCCUCACAUCACGAUCUUCAGAUCUACAUUCUACGGUGACAGAUCUAUAAUUUGCGCUUCUAAAUCUACGAUAUCUAUGAGUUUCGAUGAGAUUGAGGGACCACAACUGAUAUCACCAUCAACCGCCGCCAUCGCUUUUGCGCCUCAUUGUUCCGUUGAAUCAAAGAAAAGGAAGAGAUUAUCUCUUCCAAAAGAUGAAAAAGAUAAUUUUGUUGAUCUUUCUUCUAACAUAAAGGCUUCAUUAAGGUUUAAUUUUUUGGUAGAUAUUUUAUCUUCUUCCAAGGGAACUUCAUCAGUUAAACUUGUUAAAGUUAAAAAAGUUUCCAAAUUCAUUACAAGUGUGGACGAAGAUGAUGAUUUUGUUUCCGCUCCUGUUGUUGGUCAAGUAAAUGUUACGAAGGCUGAAAUUACAUAUAGGAAUCCUUCAGGUUUAAUCUCUACUAUCUACAGAAGCCUUAAUGAUAAUCGGAAAGUUGUAGUUAAGGAAAUAGGGUUUGGAUUUAUUGAAGACUUUGUGGUUAAGAAAUUUAGUAGGGAUUGUUCGUGGGUUCAUGGGAGAUAUGUGGAAAAGAGAAAUGUUCUUUGUAUCAGGAACAAUGAGAUUCAUAUUACUAUGAGAGGUGUGCAUGACAUGUAUGGACUUCCAAUGGGUGAUAUUCCUAUGAAUUCACCUAAGAAAAUUUGCUUUGCGAUUGCUGUUAAUUAA